UUCCUGAGGACCUUCUUGUCCCGACAGGUCCUUUCUGCGCGUGCCCGAGGAGCCUGGCCAGGUGGUUGGACGAACAAGCCGGUGCACCGGUCGCGUCCACCCAGCAGCGAGGACCAAGCACAGGCUCACGCUUGUGCUUUGUUGCCCCCAGAGUGCAGGGUCCCCAAACACUGCACCUGCCGACGACCCCAACCCCGCGGGAGAAGUGGACAUGAGGUUGGCAGGCCCCCUCCGCAUCGUGGCCCUGAUUGUCACCGUGGGCCUCACCUGGAUCGUGGUCAGCAUUCUCCUAGGUGGGCCUGGCAGUGGCUUUCCUCGUAUCCAGCAACUCUUCUCCAGCCCAGAGAACUCAGCAACUGCAGAGCCACGAGCCAGGAAGUACAAAUGCGGCCUGCCCCAGCCAUGUCCUGAGGAGCACCUGGCCUUCCGCAUGGUCAGCGGGGCCGCCAAUGUCAUCGGACCAAAGAUCUGCCUCGAAGAUAAGAUGCUCAUGAGCAGUGUCAAGGACAACGUGGGCCGUGGACUGAACAUCGCCCUGGUGAACGGGGUCAGCGGUGAGCUCAUCGAAGCCCGGGCCUUUGACAUGUGGGCAGGAGAUGUCAACGAUCUGCUGAAGUUUAUUCGGCCACUGCAUGAAGGUACCCUGGUGUUUGUGGCAUCGUACGACGACCCAGCCACCAAGAUGAACGAGGAGACCAGGAAGCUUUUCAGUGAUCUGGGCAGCAAGAAUGUGAAGGACCUGGCCUUCCGGGACAGCUGGGUGUUUGUGGGGGCCAAGGGCGUGCAGAACAAGAGCCCCUUUGAGCAGCACGUGAAGAACAGUAAGCACACCAAUAAGUACGAAGGCUGGCCCGAGGCCCUGGAGAUGGAAGGCUGCAUCCCCAGGAGGACGACGGCCAGCUAGCCGGCCGAGCACAGGGACCGGGCUGAGGGGGGCUGCGUGUGCCUGGCCAGGAGAAGGCGGUGGCGGCGCUGGCGUGAGGCUGAGGCCUGACCCCACGCCCAGCCGGGAGCGCUGUCUUGCCCCAACACCUCGGGGCUCCGAAGCGGUGACGGGACCAGGUGUGACCAGCGGUGGGGGUCUCUUUGUAAAGCUGCUUCCCCGGGUCAGCCCCGCCUGAUUCCCAAGCACCCGUGGUCACAAGGGCCCCGGGUGCUCGCCCCUUGCUGCGCCAGGUCUGGUAGCAGCUCCGCAGUGGGUCGGGGCAUCUUCCAGAACCUCUCCAUCCCAGAGCCGCUUGCUGCUCUUGGGGCUGAUCCUGUUUCCAGGGUGAUUCCUUCAGAUGAGCCACCCCUGGCUGCCUCCUGCGUCGCGCUCUUCGGGAAGGGGCCUCGUCGGAGCCGAGCCGGCCAGGGCACCAGAGUCACCUGAUCACCAGCCCUGUCGCGGCAGAUGGCGGCUCCCAUGUUUUGUCGGGGGCCCACCUUCCAGAUGACCUCUCAAUAAAUUAGUGGCCCCAGUGGAAUAAAGUGCAUUAAGUGGGGA